AUGUCCCCAGGCCAUCGUGGAGCGCUGGCUCUGGCAGACGCCAUCGUGGAGCGCUGGCUCUGGCAGACGCGGGGGCUGCGCCGGCAGGACCUGGGCCGGGCCGAGUUCCUGCGCGAGGUUUGGCGCUGGAAGGAGCGGCACGGGGACGAGAUCCUGCAGCAGCUGCGGGCGCUCGGGGCCUCGCUGGACUGGAGCCGCUGCGCCUUCACCAUGGACCCCGGCUUCUCGCGGGCGGUGACCGAGGCCUUCGUGCGCCUGGCGGCGGCGGGGCUGAUCCGGCGGGACGAGCGCGUGGUGACCUGGAGCUGCGCGCUGCGCUCGGCGCUGGCCGACGUCGAGGUGGAGCCCCGUGUCCUGACGGGCCCCACGGCGCUGAGUGUCCCCAACUGUCCCCACCCCGUCACCUUCGGCCUCCUCGUCACCUUCGCCUACCCCGUGGAGGGGGACGACGGGCUGGAGGUGCCAGUGGCCACCACCCGCCCUGAGACGCUCUUUGGGGACGUGGCCGUGGCCGUGCACCCGCGGGACCCGCGCUACCUGGGCGUGCCCCGUUUCGAGGCCCGUGCCCGCGUGGUGGCCGCGCUGGCCCAGCGGGGGCUGCUCCGGGGGGUGCAGGACCACGCCAUGACGCUGCCGCUCUGCAGCCGCUCCGGGGACGUGGUGGAGUUCCUGCUGAAGCGGCAGUGGUUCCUCAGCUGCGGGGACAUGGCCCGGGCAGCACUGCAGGCGGUGACGUCGGGGAGGCUCCGCCUGGUGCCCAAAUUCCACGAGAAGAACUGGAAAACCUGGAUGGAGAACGCGGGGGAUUGGUGCCUGUCCCGCCAGCUCUGGUGGGGCCACCAGGUGCCCGCGUACCAGGUGAUGGGCGGCCACCAAGGAGCUCCAGGUGGCCAUGGAGGAGCCCCAGGUGGCCACAGAGGAGUGGUCCCGGUGGCCCCCCUGGACCGCUGGCUGCUGGCCCGCCUGGCCGCGGCCGGGGCCGAGUGCUGCGGCCGCCUGGGGGCGCUGGAGGUGCAGGGGGCGCUGGGCGCCGUGCAGAGCUUCUGGCUGCGCUGCCUCUGCGACGUCUACCUGGUAGGGCCCCCGAAAUGGCACCCCGAAACGGGCACCCAGAAAUGGGCACCCCGAAAUGGCACCCCGAAACGGGCACCCCGAAACGGGCACCACAAAAUGAGCAUCACGAAAUGGGCACCCCGAAACGGGCACCCUGAACGGGCACCCCGAAACGGGCACCCCGAAAUGGGCACCAUGAAAUGGGCACCCCGAAACGGGCACCCCAAAAUGGGCAUCACGAAAUGGGCACCCCAAAAUGGGCACCCUGAAAUGGGCACCCUGAACGGGCACCCCGAAACGGGCACCACGAAACAGGAGGUGGCCAAGGCGUCGCUGCGCUCGCCGCAGCUCCGGCCCGGCGCCGUGGCCUCGCUGGCGGCCGCGGCCGAGCUGGGGCUGCGGCUCCUGGCGCCCUUCGCCCCGUUCCUGGCCGAGGAGCUCUGGCAGCGCCUGCCCCGCGCCCCCCCAGCGCCCCCCAGCGUCAGCCUGGCCCCCUUCCCCGAGCCCCAGCGGCUGGCGCACUGGCGCAGCCCCGAGCUGGAGGCGCAGGUGGCCGCCAUGCUGGAGCUGGUCCGGGCCGUGCGGGGGCUGCGCGAGAGCCUCCGGCUGGGGGGGGCCGCGCGCCCCCCAGAUGGCGGCCCCCGCGGUGGCAGCCAUAUUGUGGGCGUGGUUUUCCCGGCAGUGCUGGUGCAGUGCCCGGAGCCGGAUCGUGAUUGGCUGGAGCCGCUCGGCCCCGCCCUCCAGGCGCUCUCGGGGGCGGGGCCUGGGGGCGGGGUUUAA